AGUUUUAAUGGGGAUUUCCUAAACGAUCUUCACGUCUCGGUACUGGGGUGCGACAAUCAUUAUAAAUACCACUUUAAAGGGCGAAAAAUAGUGACAUAACUGUGAAAAUGGUUUUCUGGACUGUUGUGAUUGCAAUGGGCUUCAUAUCUGUAGCUGCAACUGUAAUUACCGCAUUGUGUUUGAUGGAGCGCAAAUCAGAGCCUCCCCAACAAAAUCGUAGCGAAAGGCGGCUUCAAAACAAUGACGAUAAUGAUAAUCAAAACCCAGUCAUCAAGAAAGAUAAGGGCAAGAAAAAUGAAAACCGUCCGAGUCGUCCCGACGAUAGGUGUAUGAUAUGCACUCAUGUUAUGACUAAGGAGACAAUGCGCUUCAUGAAUUGCGGCCAUGCACUUCACGAUGUUCCCUGCUUUGAGGACUAUCGCCUGUCGCGUCGUGACUGUCCCUAUUGUGAAACACUUGUUUUACGCGUCGAUUUGCCAGGAGAUAACUGCGCCAUUUGUGAUGAGCCAAUGGAGAAGGAUACUAUGAAGUAUCUCAAAUGCGAGCAUGCCUUUCACUUAAAUUGUCUGACAACAAACAACUGGAACACCAACAAGAAGUGUCCCGUUUGCUCCAAGGCAAUAUAAGGGACUCGAAAAGUUUCAAAUGAUAUUGACAAUAUAGAAAAUUAAUAUCAUUGUGAUUCUAAAUACUAUAAAACUCGAAUAAUAUGUAGCCAUAACUUGAAAGUAAGUAAUAAACUAUU